CCUACACACCAGGUUUGUACUUCUCUCCCAGCACUGUACCCGCAGUGCCUGCCUCUACCUCUACCUCCAUCACUAGCCAAUACGAUCCUGCCAUGUCAGCACAUCGAGGUGGAGCCCUCGUGAUGACGAUCUGUACAUCUACUUUUCCUCCAAUCUCCUGAUUUUUAAAGAUAAUGGCGAGCAACUCCAAAGAGGAGCCGAAGGCCGCGCCGCAACCCGAUCGCUGGUACAAUCUCACGCUCGGCUCUUCAUUCAAAGACGAUUCGUCUAACAAGUACUGCACCCUGCGAUAUGAAUUUAAGCCGGCUUCAAUUGAUAAGACGAAGCCCGGAAGCUUGCACAAGAAAAAGGACAAUAGGGUUUCUGUGGAAUUUCAGAACAAUCAGUUAGGGAAACCUAAAGUGACAUUUGGGGGAAGUAGUGAGGAUUACAAAGAAAACGAUGCUGUUUUGCUUUUUGAUGGUCAAACAUUCCGGUUGGAGCGGCUUCACCGGGCAGUCAAGCAGCUGAGGCACCUUAGAAUGCCUGGUGAAUCUGCGUCAGCAGUUGCAGCUGCGAUUGAACCAAGGUUAUCUCCAGUUGGGAAGGGUUCGAAACCAGUGCAUCCGAGUAGAAACACAUUUCCUGCUGUGCCAGUUGAAGUGGAAAAAAUUAAUAUUGGCCAGCCAGAGAACUCAGGUGCAAAACCUGCUGGUAAGGGGAUUGCUGAUCCAUUUGAUCAACAGAAUGUGUCUGCCACCUCACUAGGGUCUAAAAAUGACGAAGGCGAUGAACAUCAAGAUAUAGAUUUGGUUGAUAUAUUCGGUGAUGGAAGCCCCGAUGAUGGAAAUGCCACUGAACAAAAAACGGAUUCUGGGUUUGAUGUUAAAGUACCCCGGCACCAUGACACUGAUGAUGAGAUCGCUGAUGUAGAUGAUAGCGGCGAUGAAGCAGACAAGGGACCAAAUGCUGCAGAAGCCCUUAGAGCCCAGGUGAAGGGGCCAAAUGCUGCUGAUGCCCUUAGAGCUCAGGUGAAUGCAGCGGAGAGGGACAAGCAGUCCUCGAGUUCUAGCAGUAGUAGUGGAAGUGGAAGCAGUGGGAGUGGAAGCGGUAGUGGAAGUAGUAGCUCCAGUGACAGUGAUGGCAGCGAUGAAGACUCGGUUAACUCGAUCUGAGGACUCGUGUGAAACAUUGAAAACUUACAAGUAAACAACAUUCCAAGAGAACCAAAAACAUACAUAAGGGAUCAAUAUUUAUACAAUUUUCUUGCCAUACAAAAUGUAAUAAGCCAUCCCAUUUUUGGGGAGAAUGUUCUUGUUUAAUAUCUUUGAGAUUGGUGUGCAAAAACUGUAGAGAUGUUAUAGUGCUGCCCUAUAAAGAAAGGGAGCCAAAAUUAUUAUGUUUUGUUUGUUUUUGGCAGCAAAGCCUAAAUCUGAGGUGAGUGAUUGCAAAUUUUGCCUGAAAA